CAUUGUUCCGAUCACAUGGAGUUGCGGGAAGCCGGGCUGCGGCGGCAGGCAGUGAAACGGCAUUUACACAAACAUAACUUGAAACACCGGUAUGAGUUCCUGGAGACGCUCGGGAAAGGGACGUAUGGGACAGUGAAGAGAGCCCGGGACAAGCAAGGGAAUGAGGUGGCCAUUAAGUCAAUCCGCAAAGACCGUAUAAAAGAUGAACAGGAUAUGCUGCACAUCCGGAGAGAGACUGAGAUAAUGAGUUCCCUCUGCCAUCCUCAUAUUAUAUCGAUAUAUGAAGUGUUUGAGAACAGCAGCAAGAUAGUGAUUGUUAUGGAAUAUGCAAGCCAAGGGGACUUGUAUGAUUACAUCAGUGAACGGCAGAGACUCAGUGAUCAAGAAGCAAGGCGAUUCUUUCGGCAGAUUGUAUCUGCUGUACAGUAUUGUCACGCGAAUGGGAUUGUGCAUCGGGAUCUAAAGCUGGAGAAUAUACUAUUGGAUGAAAAUAAAAAUGUGAAGAUUGCAGAUUUUGGACUUUCCAACAUCUACCAUUCAGAUAUCUAUCUUCAGACAUAUUGUGGUAGUCCCCUUUAUGCGUCUCCUGAAAUUGUCAAUGGCAGACCUUAUAAAGGUCCUGAGGUGGAUAGCUGGUCGUUAGGAGUUCUUCUCUACAUUUUGGUUCAUGGCUGUAUGCCAUUUGACGGGCAAGACUACAAGAAACUGGUAGCUCAGAUCACUUGUGGAGCUUACAAGGAACCAAGCCACCCAUCUGAUGCAUGUGGAUUGAUUCGUUGGCUACUGAUGGUGAACCCAGAGCGCAGAGCCACGCUAUCAGACGUUGCUUCUCAUUGGUGGGUGAAUUGGGGGUACCAACAACCGUUGAGUGAACCAGAGCAAACAAAGGAAUCUGAUUCACCAUUUUCUAUUGUUGGGGGAUGGUUUAGAAGAUCUUCUCGUCCUUUGUGGGAUAAUGGCUCUAAAAUGCGCUCUUUCUUACGCCAGCAUCUCCCAGGGACAACUAUCACUCGUCAGCGCUCACUAAAGCGUUCUAAAAGGGAAAACAUGGGCCACAUAAUAACUCCGAUUCCCCCAGAAACAAUCCCAUCUGUACCUCCUGCUCCUAAAAAAGGAAUCUUAAAGAAGCCCCAGCAGCGAGAGUCUGGUUACUAUUCUUCUCCAGAGCAUAAUGAGGGAGCAUUGAUGAAUGACGAAAAUGAUGCACCCUGUUCCUCUUAUGCCAUUGAGCCAAAACAUCUCCCAGCGAUUAAUACUGGCAUAGAAGAACCACAGGAACCAGUCAUCAGGAAAGGUAUACUCAAGCGAGAUGGCAAGUUCUCUUCUGCUGGAGCAGCUCCUGAGUUGUCUUUUGAUGCGGUUGACUGUUCUUUAAAAAAUGACAAGUUACCUGUAUGCAUGCUUACCCAUGAGAAAGUACCAUCUUCUUUCAGCCAAGAGAGUAUUCUUUCCACUGAGUCAUUUGAGUUGUUAGAUUUCCCAACCAGAUAUAGAGAUCGUCCAAGACGAAAGAUGCAAUCUAUGAGAGGUAGUCUUUCUGCUGAAGAUCUUUUAAACCUCAAUUCAGAGGAUGACUUUGGAUCAGAUGGACCCAGACUCUGGAAUAUGGCUUGCUAUCAGGCACGUGUAGCAGAAAGCUGCCUCUCCUUGGUAGUGUCAGAGGAAGAGGCGAUGCAGGUCUACAGGACUGCAGUGCUUAUUGGUCGAGAUCCAAGUUGAAAU